AUGCGUGCGAAAACUGAUCCCUCCUUUUGUGAAUAUUUGAUGAGAAUAGGAAACAGAAAAGAACCUCUUAGUUCUGAAAACAAAAUUGAAAUUCCAAAUUCAUUUAUUGUCCCUUAUACUACUGAACAGGAAUCUUUGAAUGUAUUAUUUGAAACAACAUUUCCUAAUAUGCAUGAUUUCUUCUGUGAUGCAUCUUUUGUGACUUCUCGUGUUAUUUUGACGACGAAAAAUGAUUUUGUGGAUGAAAUAAAUGAUAUGCUUAUAGGCAAAUUUCCAAAAGAAGCUAAAACAUUUGUUGCAAUUGAUGAAACAUGUGAAUCGAAUGAUCAAAGUCAGUAUGAAGAUUUUUUGCAUUCUUUAAAUCCUGUUGGUUUACCUCCUUACAGAUUAACUUUGAAAGAAAAUUGUCCAAUUAUAUUACUACGAAAUUUGAAUCAUUGUGAAGGUUUAUGCAAUGGCACAAGAUUGACAUGUUGUGAUUUUAAAACACAUGUUAUAAGUGCAAAAAUUGCAAGCGGUGACUUUAAAAAUACACAUGUGUUCAUUCCGAGAAUACCAUUGAUGUCAUCACAAGAUGAAAAAUUACCUGUACAGUUUAAAAGAACACAAUUUCCAGUGAGACUUUGUUUUGCUAUGACUAUAAAUAAAGCACAAGGUCAAACAUUAGAUUUUGUUGGAAUAUAUUUACGAGAACCAGUGUUUUCACAUGGUCAACUUUAUGUUGCAUUGUCGAGAGCAAAAGCUUCCAAUUGUGUCAAGUUAUUAAUUCGACCCCCAAACCCAGAUAGUGAUGACGAUCAUUCUACAUACAACAUAGUUUAUGAUGAAAUCAUUCAAAAGGCUCUCUUGUGA